GCUGGUGGCUCUCGCCCGGGCUUUUAAGAUCUGCGCUGCCCCUUGGGUGUCCUGGAGCCCGUGGGUUUUCUGGCUGCGCGCGCCGCCUGGGCCUCUCCACGGCCCUGCCCGGCUGGGAUCCCGCCCCCAGCCCGACCCACACGUGGGAUCCCGCACGUCCGCCCAGCUCCCCCCUGACGUCAGCCUCACGGUUCCAUUUAAGGCCCCUCCCGUGCUGGGCCCCGAGUCCCGGAGCUGCUGCCGCCAAGUCCGGAUCCAACGCUGCGCGCCACAGACGCCCGCUCACCCGCCGUGCACUCCCCGUACUAGAUUCCUUUUGGUCCUAAAUUCACUAUGGCAACUCUCAAGGAUCAGCUGAUUGUGAAUCUUCUUAAGGAAGAACAAAGCCCCCAGAAUAAGAUUACAGUCGUUGGGGUUGGUGCUGUUGGCAUGGCCUGUGCCAUCAGUAUCUUAAUGAAGGACUUGGCAGAUGAACUUGCUCUUGUUGAUGUCAUGGAAGACAAAUUGAAGGGAGAGAUGAUGGAUCUCCAACAUGGCAGCCUUUUCCUUAGAACACCAAAGAUUGUCUCUGGCAAAGAUUAUAAUGUGACUGCAAACUCCAAGCUGGUGAUUAUCACAGCUGGGGCACGUCAGCAAGAGGGAGAAAGCCGUCUUAAUUUGGUCCAGCGUAACGUGAACAUCUUUAAAUUCAUCAUUCCUAAUGUUGUCAAAUACAGCCCCAACUGCAAAUUGCUUAUUGUUUCCAAUCCAGUGGACAUCUUGACCUAUGUGGCUUGGAAGAUUAGUGGCUUUCCCAAAAACCGUGUCAUUGGAAGUGGUUGCAAUCUGGAUUCAGCCCGGUUCCGUUAUCUCAUGGGAGAAAGGCUGGGAGUUCACCCAUCAAGCUGUCAUGGGUGGGUCCUUGGGGAGCAUGGAGACUCGAGUGUGCCUGUAUGGAGUGGAGUGAAUGUUGCUGGUGUCUCCCUGAAGUCUCUGCACCCUAAUUUAGGCACUGAUGCUGAUAAGGAACAGUGGAAAGAAGUUCACAAACAGGUGGUUGACAGUGCUUAUGAGGUGAUCAAACUGAAAGGCUACACAUCCUGGGCCAUUGGACUAUCCGUGGCAGAUUUGGCAGAAAGUAUGAUGAAGAAUCUUAGGCGGGUGCAUCCAAUUUCCACCAUGAUUAAGGGUCUCUAUGGAAUAAAAGAUGACGUCUUCCUUAGUGUUCCUUGCAUCUUGGGACAGAAUGGAAUCUCAGAUGUGGUGAAGGUGACUCUGACACCUGAGGAAGAGGCCCGUUUGAAGAAGAGUGCAGAUACACUUUGGGGGAUCCAAAAAGAGCUGCAGUUUUAAAGUCUUCUAAUGUCGUGCCACUUCACUGUCUAGGGUACAACAGGAUUUUAGUUGGAGGUUGUGCAUAUUGUCCUUUUUAUCUGAUUUGUACUAAAGCAGUAGUAUUAUUAAGGCAGCCUAGGAAAAACAUCAAUUUCCUAAAGUUAGCAGUAGGAAUGGUUCAUAAAACCCUGCGGCUAUAUCCUGAUGCUGGAUGGCACUUAUCUCGUCCUAAACUGGUUAGUGUGGAAUAGUUCCACUCCCUCAGAGGCACCACCACUGCCAAUGUUGCACACGAUGCUACAGUUGCCCUUCAAUCUAGAUGUGUGUUUACUGUGUGUUACAUAACUCGGGUUCCUUUACCCUGUGUGCCUAAUCCAACUUUUUUUCUCCAGGCCCACAGCUGGAGAUCCAAUGUAUAAAUCCAAAAUUGCAUGUUCUAAAGGAUCUUAUUUUAUGUACUAUAUGUGUCAGCGUAUACUGGAGACUAAUGUAAAAUGAAAAGUCUACAUGUUAAUAAUGCAGCCAACUAUCCAAAUGUCAUACCAACAAAAACACCAAAUAAACCUUGAACAGUGA